GCCAGUAUCGCCCUCGGACACUACUUCCUCUGUGAACCCUCCCAUCGCAGACAUCCAGCAUUUUGUUUAUGGGUGCGACAAAACAGCCAUUUGAAAGAGAGCAGAAGGACAGGUGGCCCUCGACCUCUCCUUCUGAAUUCCUCCUUUACCAACAAAAAAAAAAAAACCACACACAUCAAGAAGAUGUCUGACGCUCUCUGUAUUGUGGGUUCGUUGUUUGGGUCUGCAGAAGAACAGCAAGAUUUUGGCUCCUGUUACGUAAUAAACAUUGGAACAGUAAUAGGCAUCAUUGCCUCUGAUAUUGUCUUGACCAUCUUCAUCGCUAUUUCUGUGUUCUGCUUUGCGACUCACCACAAGAGACGGAGGGACACUCAUGAUGGUAGGCCUAGCAGAAAUCUACCACCCUCAGUAUCAAAGAAAAUGGCAACAGAGGUCACAGAAUCACCCUAUCAGGAGUUACAUGGAGUCCAGUCAGAUGUGUACAGCGAGCUUCAGCACUUUAGGAAAUGAAACAACAGAAAAAUCGCAACAACAUCUGUAUUUUUUUUUUUUCUCAGGCUACACAAACUCUUCUACACACAUCUUGUUAGGCCACUGGCUGCAUUUUAGGUAACUACAUACUGUACAUGUAUUCUGCAUGUAACUGAUUUAUAUUGUAUUCACUGAGUACUGUGUUGUGCUGAACGUGAUGUUCGCUGUGUUACAUUCUUAGUUCUAAAAUCAUAAGCUGUCUUAAAUAUGUAUUUAUAUGGAACUAAUUGUAAAUCAUAGACCAAGGAAAUGAAAUGAUGCAUUCUUUACAGUCUCUCUCUUUUUGUAUUUAUAUUUCAGGAGAGAAUUAAGACAAAUUAUACAAAUUUUCAAUUUUUUUUUAGCUUUCAGUAUACAGGGCCUUCAAAUGUUGAGAUAAAAGUAACACAUUUCAGCCUUCAGAUAGACCUCAAAUAAAUUCUUCUCGGAAUCAU